GAAUGGGGAAAGAAUUACGUUAUACAAUAUGAAGUAAAAAUCUUCCUUCUUCAAACUUUGGAGUUUGUAGAAUUGACAGUUAGGAGAAAAUCCUAAGUAUCCUGGUAUUGGUAUAAAUUUGGCAAAUUCAAUCCCCAUUGGCAAAUUUUACUCCAAAAUAAUCAAAAGAUAAUAAAAAAUGGAAAAUCUGUGGUGUUGGUUUUUAGAAGAAUUGUCUUCAAGGAUAUAUUCAUGCUCAGCUGGUACAAGGACUUGAAGCAAGCCUUGUGCAGUGACUAACUGGAAAUUACUAUAUUUUAGGGUUGAUUUCUUUGGGUUUUUUCUUCCCCCGCCCCCUUCCCCCCCCAAACUAUCUAUUAAGUUACUAGCAAAUGCAGGAACAAAUUAAUCAAGUUAAAUGUGCUCGUUAGGUGUUGCUGCGAUUGGAUUGCUCUGUGAUCAAAAUAAUGUUUGCGUCCCCACGUCCCACAAACUUAACUACAGUUUAAUCUGUGUUCUUAAUAAUGAUAAGAAUUUCAGCAUUCGUCAGAGUAGUGAUAGUGGUAGUGUUCAUGUCCAAAUGGAGCAUUUCCCACGGUUUUGAUGGCAGAGACCUUUGUAGCAAACAAUGAAAAGAACGUUUUCUAUUCAUUCUGCUUCCUGUGAGCAAAUAUUCUAUUCCUCAUUGUCUGUAACAAAAUCCUUCCAAGUGCAGGGUAGCUAUAACAAAGAUUUAUUUAUCACCAGCAAUAUUUACCCUACCUGUAAUUCAUUAUCACCUAUUUUAUUCUAGUUCCGAACAGGACCUGCUGUUUGUUCUCUUCUGCACAGAACGAGAAACCGACCUGAUGAAACUAUCACCUUUGAGCAAAGGUGUAGGGUAUGUGUCACAUGGAAUAGUUAUUGUGUAGUCGAGCUCUGAAAACAUUGUUAGAAGUAUUGCUCCUUAUUUGCUGUUCCAAAUUGAAAUCAUAAAUGUAAUUAGCUACCAAUUUUCUUUGAACAGAUGUCCGUAUGUUAAAAUAAUGUAUGAGUUAGUUGUAAUGAACUAGAAUCACAGGUUUUAAGAAUUUUCACCUCUUUUUGAGUUGGUCCUGUGCUUGAUGCCAGUCCCUUCUUGCUGCCUUUGUUCCCCUUUAUGGUAGCAUUUGCAGCAAAGCCAAGAGAGGUUCAUAAAUCGAUAUUAACUGUGAGGACAGCUUGUUGGAUUUUCUCCUUCUGUUUCCAGAAAACUCUGAGAUAAAGCAGAUGAAUAUGCAUACAGUACGGGGGUUUUUUGCACUUCUUGUGCUUGUUCUUUCGGUGCCUUUAUCAAUAUUUUUUAUUAUUUCAGUAUAUUAAUCUGAUGUGCGUGUAUCAGAGCAUCUUUGUCAUAUCUGUGAAAUGGUUCUUUCUCAAAUAUCUAAUCACAGCAGAAACUAGGAAAGGUUUUCACACUGUUCUGUGGAAAGUAUGCGGUGGAGAAAGAUGUAACAACUUCCUAGAAUAAUGAAUGCAUUUAGGCAGCGUUAUAGUACCUGUGGCAGAAAAUCAAAGCUGCUCUGACAGCCAGUUCUCUUCUGUAUGAUGAGAAUAAAGAAACUGCUGUCACGUAUCAGAGGAAGGGUGUCAGCCUAGACGGGUAUCCUGCCUCCAACAGGGCUGGCCCUAAGCAGGAGCCUAGGGUAUAGCAAAAAUAGGGCAAGCAUAUACUUUACAAUGUAAUAAUUUCUUUUUCUGGUUCUUAGUCCGUAAGUCCCACCUCUCUUUUCCCAGGACUGCCUGGUAUCAGUGUAGAGCCAGGUGCGUUCCUUCUGGUGAAAGUAAGUGCUCAACAUUGGAUACAGUGUCAAACAAAGGUGAUGCUGCCAAGGAGGUCAGGAUGUAUUCUCAGGUACUACAGCUGGAACAAGGGGGAAUCUAUAUGGCUGCACUUCCAAACUGAGGAUCAUCCAGGUGCAGGAGCUGGAGGAAUUCAGGAGAUCUAAGGCCAAAUCCCAGUGCGUAUGCAUAUCAUGCGUGAGGAAAGGAAGAGCAGUGAGGGGGGAAGAUAUGUUUUCCCAGCUCAGCAAUCUAGGGUGGUAUCAGUGGAGGAACAUCACCCUGCAGUGUAACCUCAUCUUAUCUGGAAGGGCAAGAUAUCCACACAGGAUCAUUGCAGCUUUGUACAGCAGUUCUGGAACUGGCAGUAAUUGUAGUGCCUUUCUUUCUAGCAGCAAGGGACUGACAGCGUAGGUACUGAAGCCUUGGGGGAUGUAGGUAUGCUCUGGGGAAAACACGGUCCUACAAUUUUUUUUUUUUUCUUUAAAUGAAAAGUCCUUGCCUGCAGUGUCAAAUUUGUUCUUGCUGCUGGCACGUUUUAAUGACUACUGUUCAGUGUGCUAGAGUGACAUGUCUGCCUUUAUUUGGUUUUGGAAACUCUUGAGCUUUUACUUUCCCACAAGUCUGAUGUUAAUGCGUCAUGUAUUUAUGACGUGGAUUACUGUGGGACUUCUGAAAGAUCAUUUGAAAGUAGGAAAGGAUUAGCCCAGAGGCAGCCCCUCUUAGAGAUAGACUCUUAAACAUCAAAAGAGCGCAGAUGAGAACAUACGAGAGACUAAAAGCCCUCAGUUGGGAGGAGUUUAAGAUAAACGCUCACCAAUAACCUGCCUGCGUUAAACCUUUUCCAGAAUGCGUGAGUCUGAGAGAGCAAGGGAGCUAUAAAGGGUGAAGCAGCUAGCAGGGCACCAGACCAAACUGCCCACCUCUCCUGAAAGGUUGUGGCCCAGGUGUGAAGAGGUGCUUUUAGAAGGAAUCAGCAUGGAGCCUGAGGAGUACAGACGGAGAGGGAAGGAGAUGGUGGACUACAUCUGCCAGUACCUGAGCAAUGUGAGAGAGAGACGAGUGACUCCUGAUGUACAGCCAGGUUACAUGAGAGCCCAGUUGCCAGAUUCUGCCCCAAUGGACCCAGACAGCUGGGACAACAUCAUUGGAGAUAUAGAGAAGAUUAUUAUGCCUGGGGUAGUCCAUUGGCAAAGUCCACACAUGCAUGCCUACUUUCCAGCUCUUACUUCCUGGCCUUCACUCCUUGGAGAUAUGUUGGCUGAUGCAAUUAACUGCUUGGGAUUCACAUGGGCCUCCAGUCCAGCCUGUACAGAGCUGGAAAUGAAUGUGAUGGAUUGGUUGGCUAAAAUGCUGGGCCUUCCAGAUAAAUUCCUGCACCACCAUCCCGACAGUGUGGGUGGAGGAGUAUUACAGAGCACUGUGAGUGAAUCAACCUUGGUUGCACUGCUAGCAGCAAGGAAAAACAAAAUUCUGGAGAUGAAGCUUUCAGAGCCAGACACUGAUGAGUCCUCACUCAAUUCUCGCCUCAUCGCUUACGCAUCUGAUCAAGCACAUUCUUCUGUAGAAAAGGCUGGCUUGAUUUCUCUUGUGAAGAUGAAAUUUCUGCCUGUGGAUGAGAACUUUUCCCUCAGAGGUGAAACUUUGAAGAAAGCCAUUGCAGAAGACAGAAGGAAAGGCCUAGUGCCAGUCUUUGUUUGUGCAACUUUGGGUACAACUGGUGUCUGUGCUUUUGACAGUCUCUCAGAACUGGGUCCAAUUUGUGAUGCUGAGGGACUCUGGCUUCAUAUUGACGCUGCGUAUGCAGGAACAGCAUUUGUAUGCCCUGAAUUUCGAUUAUUCUUGGAUGGAAUUGAAUAUGCAGAUUCCUUUACCUUUAACCCUUCCAAAUGGAUGAUGGUUCAUUUUGACUGCACUGGAUUUUGGGUUAAGGAUAAAUACAAACUACAUCAAACCUUCAGUGUUAACCCUGUUUACCUCAGACAUCCCAAUUCAGGAGCUGCUGUUGAUUUCAUGCACUGGCAAAUUCCACUCAGUCGUCGAUUUCGUUCUUUGAAGUUGUGGUUUGUGAUUCGUUCAUUUGGGGUGAAAAAGCUUCAGGCUCAUGUCCGACAUGGUACUGAAACAGCCAAAUUCUUUGAAUCCUUGGUUAAAAGUGAUCCACUCUUUGAAAUUCCUGCCACAAGACAUCUUGGACUGGUUGUAUUCCGUCUAAAGGGUCCCAACUGGCUGACAGAAAAACUCCUGAAAGAACUAAGCAGUUCUGGCAGGCUCUUCCUUGUUCCAGCAACUGUUCGUGACAAAUUCAUCAUUCGCUUUACUGUAACGUCUCAGUUCACAACCAGGGAAGAUAUUCUGCAAGACUGGAACAUCAUUCAACAUACUGCAGCCCAAAUUGUUAGCCAGAAUUAUGGGUUGCACUGCAUCAGUUCUGGUGAUGGGUCAAGAAUAAUCCCUAAUAUGAUAGUUGAGCCUAGCUCUGAUGCCACUAGUAAUGAUUCUCAGCUUUAUCUAGAUAGAGGAAAACACAAAAUGCCUUCCAGAAAAAUAGUAGUUCAGCCUAAGAAGUCAGCAGCAAGUCCCAGUACAUGUGUGGUUAGUCAACAAGUGAGAGGUCAAGGGGAUCCUCUAGAUGACUGUUUUCCGGAAGAUGUCCAGGAUGUUACCAAACAUAAGUUAACUUCUUUUUUAUUCAGUUAUUUAUCUGUUCAAGGCAAGAAAAAGACAGCACGUUCCCUUAGCUGCAACAGUGUGCCAAUGACUGGUAGUCUCGAGCAAUGUAACCCCAAGGCAGCAGCCACUGAGAAGGAGUCUCAUGCAAAUGCCAGAAUUCUUUCCAGGCUGCCUGAAGAGGUGAUGAUCAAAAAAAGUGCCUUCAAAAAACUAAUUAAGUUCUACAGUGUCCCGAACUUUCCAGAGUGUAGCAUUCAGUGUGGCCUUCAGCUGCCUUGUUGUCCUCUGCAAGCCAUUGUUUAACAAGUAAAAGAGCUCGGUCCGUAAGACUUCUCCAGGUAGAGAACCAAAGUUUGUUUAUUCACAUGCAAUACUACGUGUUACUUUGUCCAAUAUGUAAGUAGUGGCAAUGACCACACAGAAAAUUCCUGUGCUUUUACUGGUGGAAACCUCGUGUACUUAUAGAUUAAAAUACCAAAUAAAUCUUGCAGCCGUA